GAACAUAUUGAACAUAUUCAACACAUCCUGUCAUUCAGCCGACAUGCAGUCAAACAAUCUACAUUAGCCUGACGUGCUCGACGACAAUGUUGAGGAUAUCCUCGGAAUACCCAGCUCUUGUGUCCUCAACAUGACCUUACCAGUCGUGCCCACCGUUCUUGGGAAAAGAGCGUUUCAUGAGCUCGCCAACACAGCUCGACGUCCUCGCUUCCUUCCUUAUCCUUCAAAAUACCCUCCCAUUCCCAUACAACCCCACAUUCGCCAGUACGCAACAGUUGAGAAAGGUGCCAAGAAGAAAUCGGCAGCUCACGAUGCUGAAGGGUCCUCGCGGCCAGAAACCUCUUCCGCGACCGCCUCGCGUCCUGCGGCCCAGUCGGCUAAAGACACUGCCAGCAAUCAACGAACCCCAUCGCUCGAUGGCUCUACCAAGUCCGACUCCUCCACCCUCAGUCCCUCGGACUGGGAAGAGAACCCCGACCUCAGCAUAUCCAAGUUCUCGGAAUUGCCAGGCAAGAAUUUUGGCGUCAAUCAACACAUCGUGAUCAAUGAAGAGUUCAAGGAGGCAUUAAGACAGAUUCUGUGGAGGUUCCGGGCCCCUAUCCGGUAUGCCUUUGCUUAUGGCUCCGGCGUGUUCCCACAGAGCACCAGUAACAAAGUCGGCAACCCCAAACUCCAUCCCGCCCCUCCCGAGGCCAUUUCCAAGAUCCAAGGUGGUAACCAGAAGAUGAUCGAUUUCAUCUUUGGCGUCUCUUACUCUCAACAUUGGCAUUCUCUCAAUCUCUCCGAGCACCGCGACCAUUACUCGGGUGUCGGGUCUUUGGGCUCCUACGCAGUCUCCAAGCUUCAAGAUUCGAUAGGUGCAGGCGUCUAUUUCAAUCCCUACAUCUCCGUCAACGGUACAUUAAUCAAGUAUGGGGUUGUCAACCUGGACACGUUGUGCAAAGACCUUUCGGAAUGGAACACACUCUAUCUCGCUGGUCGACUUCAGAAGCCGGUCAAAAUCCUUCGAGACAAUCCUGCCGUCCGGCUGGCCAACCAGGUCAAUCUGAUUGCCGCCGUUCGAACAGCUUUACUUCUCUUGCCCGGCGAGUUCACCGAGAAGGAGCUAUACUCAACCAUCGCAGGAAUAUCGUACAUGGGAGAUCCGAGAAUGUCAAUUGGAGGCGAUGAUCCUCAAAAAGUCAACAAUAUUGUCGACAACCAAUUGCAGAACUUUCGUCGUCUGUACGCCCCGUUGAUUGAUAACCUGCCCAACAUCUCUUUCAAUGACUCUGCAACUUCAAAUCAAGACUGGAUUGAUGACCCUUCGGUCAACGCGAAGCUUCAUCAAAACAUGGACCCUGUCACACGAGGUCAUAUGGUUCGCCGUCUACCAAGCGCAUUCCGGGCCAAGCUCUACUUUGAAUAUCAGAGCAAAUUCCAAAUUCCCCGUGGCGAGUUCAAUGAGCUGAUGGAAAAGACAAAGGAUGAAGACCCAGAAAGGAUCCGGAGACGCGAAGGAGGACCUUUUGAACGUCGCAUCGCCGAAGAUACCGAAGGUGGCGGGCUUCGCGAAGAGGUUCGCCAGGUUAUUGAGAAGACUAUCCGCUGGCCAAGUUUCACGCAAAGCCUCAAGGGAGUGGUCACCGCAGGACUUGGUCGAAGCUGGCGGUACGCAAGUGAAAAGCGUAGCAAGGCCACAGCUGGGGCAGCCGCGCCGAAGGCAGCCGAGGAUAAACCAAAGGAAUAAAUGUCAAAACACACGUGUAAACAAAACCCUAUAUCUAUAAAGCCUCGUGGGUACCAAACGAGAGCAGCUACUUUCCUGCCUUGAGCCCAGCAC